GAAGCGAAUCGGAACAGCAGAGAGUGAGUGAGAGGAGGAGGUGCCCAGGAGGCUGGAAAAGUAUGAAAGCUCAAAGUUGUUGGCUCAGCCGGCGAGUUGCUGCUUUCACAGCGUCGGCACUUCAUCGCGCGCGCAGCAGGUCGCAGCAGCAGCUUUGACAACAACGAUCGGCGCCCGCACUGCACGAGAGGAGCACCACCGCCGCCAACGUCGCAAGUGGCCCCGCGCUCCCGGAUCAGUUACACGCGGCCCCCCUGCGACCCCGUGCCUUAGGAAGCCCCCAUGUCUCAGCAGCAGCAGCAGGAACAGCCCGCCUGGGGAUACUCGGACGCCGACGGUCCUUCAAAUUGGGCCAAGAAGUUCCCCAAGGCAGCUGGAGAUAAGCAGUCGCCCAUUGACAUUGUGCGUUGUGAGGUGCAGCAGGAUCCAUUCUUGACGGAGAACCCAUUGCGAUGGACCUACACUGGCCUCAAGUGCACUAGCCUGCUCAACACUGGCUCUGGAUGGCGUGUGGACGUUUCGUCACCAGGACCUAACAUCCGGGGAGGACCUCUUCAUCACAACUAUCAGAUGGUGCAGUUCCACAGUCACUGGGGCACCUGCAGUCAGACUGGCAGUGAGCACACCAUUGAUGGAGAACACUAUGCAGGCGAGCUGCAUCUGGUGCACUACAAUGUGGACAUGUACAGCAGAGCAUCAGAAGCUGCCUGCUCUGACAAGGGUCUAAGUGUGUUGGCCGUUUUCUUCAAGGAAGGAAAGCCACACGAGGAGUUGAAAAAGCUCACUGAUUGUAUGUCAAAAGUAAUUUACAAGGGGAUGAAGUGCCCGCUGGAGCAAGAUAUUGAUAUCAGCUCAUUGAUUCCUGCCAACAGUUCAUAUUGGACGUAUGAAGGCUCUUUGACUACACCACCUUGUUACGAGAGUGUCACUUGGAUUGUCUUCAAGGAACCCAUUGAAGUGUCACGGGAGCAGUUUGAAGCAUUCCGCCAGCUGUUGUCUUACAAAGAAGGAGGAGGGCCCCAAGUGCCCACCGAUGGCCCAAUCCUCAAGAACUUUCGACCUCCACAGCCUCUGAAUGGUCGUGUGGUGCGUGAGCCCUCUGAAUAAGCACGCCCGCCAACAUGGUUCUUCAAUCAGCAGCUUUGCUUUUCUUCACCAGCUUCACUUUACAAUAAUUCUCUGGUGCUGGCAGGAGUUUGCAUCAUAUUUAGAUUGUUGAAUUAGCUUCCCUUUCUGUAGCAGUAACAUUGUUUUUUUAAUAUUUUAAAACUGAAGAACACUGGGGACAUUGCACCUGCCCCAUGUCCCCCGAGGCACUCAUUAUGACUGUGCCAGAAGCGUCAAUUUUGGUGUGGCUAGUUGGUGGCCGAAAAAAAAAAGGAGGUCUUGCUGUGAGCUGUCUUGUCUUGCCUUGGAAGUGGUAGUAUUGUGCACUUCUGAGACCAUCAUGUUGUGUUGUCUAUUCCUUGUUCAAAGGUGUCAUUAGGUAGUAUGCCCACCAAAAUCUAGUCAAAGUGGAAAUAUAGUCUAACACUGCUGUUGACCGCAGCGUGUGCGCGCUGUUGCAGCUAAGAAGCAGUGCUCUGUAUUUGUUAAUUGUUCUACAGCAUCCAGCUUCAAAGUCCAGGAAAGCCUGACGGUGGCACAACAGCAAUAAUGAGUGCACUUUAAGGUGUCGAUGUGUGGGUUAGGCUGAUUGCCUCUGUACCCAAAUUGCAGUUAAUAAGCUCACCGAUGGUAAAAUAACUAAGCUGGGCCUGUACAUUCAUGUCUUCCACCUAGUAGUUCUUGUAGACAUGUUAUGCAUGCACUUCUGGUCCAUGGGAUCGACUAGUUGCAGAUUGAGAGGCCGCCAUGGCGCAUUUAACUCCUCUGGUUAUUGCAUUUGCUUUCCUCUGAGGUGUACCCCUUGGGACAUAUGCAGCUACAGGCUGCGCAUCAGUAUGCAAAACCUUUUGGCACAAUUAUGUAUAUUGUUUGUCACAUCUUAAGAGGUUCUAUGCAUAUUUUUAUAUGUGUAUAUAUGUAUAGAUAUAUAUGUACCCUUUUAUCAAAAAUGAACAUUGGCAGAGAAUCGUUGUCAAAAAGAGCAGUGAUCAAGUUUUGCCUGAAUUACACGAUCUUGUACAUAAACAGUCUUAGUGAAUGUUAUAGCCUUUAGCAUAGGUUCAUGUCUUUCAGGAACCAUAGUACAAGGCUGCAUUUACAUGUUCAGCAAGAAAUCGCACGGCAUCGAACUACCGGUAUAAGUGUUGGCCAUUUUAGAGUUUAGUAAUAUACCAAUAAGCAGUGCAUAGAGCAGAAUGUCUAUCAUGUCUUGCAGUAGCUGACGAUGUGCUGGAAGAAAAUUUCUUUUCUUGUAGGAUUAUAUGCACCUUCAUUUAUUAUAUGCUCUCUGUACUGCUUCUUUAAUUGAUGCAGCAUACUGCCAUCUUGGUACAGGUGACAAUGACAGCAUACUGCAGACUUUUUUUUCUAACCAUGUGCCUUUAUUGAAUAGCAAGAAGUAUUUUAUGCAGUUGCCUGUUGAGUUUCUAAUAAAAUCUUGUUGCAAUGCA